GUACCAUACACCAAGCAAAUAUUUUCUUCUCAUCAACAUUUUUGUUUUUUUUUGUACAUUAGCUCACCCAGAACUGCAACACAAACGAGGCAGUCUUCUUGGCUUAAUCUCCUGUUUCAUAUUUUGUGUACAUUUGGGAAGAAGAUUCUCUGCAGAAGCUGGCAAGAAACACCUCCUUGCUGCUGGAGCGCUUUCUCACCUAGAAGAGUGUGCUGGCUGUUCAUUGCAAAGCCAGGAUGAAAGAUCUCCUGAGUCUGACUGUCCUCUCUUUCAGUCUGGCUUUGUGCUAUGGAUUCUGCUUUCGAGACUUACAUAAAGUAAAGGUGAAAAAUGGGGAACUGCUGCGUCCAAACGGGUGUACUGACAUUUAUGAUGGGAGCGAGCAUCCAUUUGGAUCUGCCUGGAAUACAGCGGAGUGCAUGCGAUGCAAGUGCAAAAAAAAAGGAAUGGAAUGUUGUGCCAGAUAUGGUGGACUUGUAGAGGCGGAAGGAUGCAAAGCAGUUAUUGAUCCAGAAACCUGUAGUUAUAAGUUCUACAAACUUGAUGACCCCUCAACGCUGUGUGCCUACUAACUUCUAAAACCACCACAUUUAGACUCCCUCCAACACAAUAGCUUGCUGUGUUACGAGGCGGGCUGGAGAGACCCACUGUAGGCCUAAUCAUUUAUAUUUUCCUAUCUAAUAGUGCCUAACAGUGAAGCAAGGUGUCAGCUUCAAUUUUACAUUGCCUUAUGCUUGCUAAAUGCUAGAACAACAACAGGAACACCUGAUUUCACAGCAGAAUGCGAGAAAGGUAAUCUCUCAGAUCCAAGUGCAGCAGAAACAAGUACUUAUUCCCUGUAGAUGGGCAUUGAGAAGAUAAGCGAUCUAAGGUGGGGUGGGAAACCUUUUUUUUUUUUAGCCCAAGGGCUGCAUUCCCUCAUGGACAACAUUCCAGGGGCCACCAACCACUGGUGGGCAGGGCCAGAGGCAAAAAGUAGGUGGGGCCACAAAUUUAUCUUUGUACCGUAGGCUCCAUUCUGGCUCCAUCCUCCCAUGCUCAACUCUCCAUCCAAGCCAACCAUUGUCACAGUUCAAGUGCACAUUUGCGCUGGCAAAAGCACUUGAAGAGGCCACAGAGGAGGGACCAAGAGGGGUGUGGCCUCAGAAGGAGGCAUAGAAUGAUAGAAUAGUAGAUUUGAAAGGGGUCUAUAAGGCGAUUGAGGCCAACCCCCUGCUCAUUGCAGGAAUCCUCAGUAUAGCUGAGAGGAGUUCCAAGGGAUGGAUAGUGAGGCCUAGAGGGCCACAUGUGGCCCCCAGGCUGGAGGGUCCCCACCUCUGACCUAAGGAACACUGUCAUGAGUUCAUGUGAUGGCUGUGCUAUGACUGGAUACACCUAUUGGGUUGUAUUCAGCUAAGUUUUACUCAGAGUAGACCCAUUUAAAUUAAUGAAUCUAAGGCCACAUUCACACCAUACAUUUAUUCUGCUAUUAUUCCACUUGAAACAGUCCUGGCUGCCCCCAAAGAAUUCUGGGAAGUGGAGCUUGUGAAGGGUGCUAAGAGCUGUUAGGAGACCUCUGUUCUCCUCCCAGAGCUCCAAUUCCCAGGGUGGUUCAACAAUCAAUGCCUCUGCCCAGGGAACUCUGGGAGCUGCAGGUCUGUGAGGAGAAAAGGGGCCUCCUAACAGCUCUCAGCACCCUUCACAAGUGACACUUCCGAGGAUUCUUUGGGGGAAGCCAGGACUGUUCCGAGUGGAAUAUGUUGUGAAUGUGUUCUAAGUUAAUUUAUGUCCAUUAACUUCACUGGGUCUACUUUGAUUAGGACUAGCACUGAAUACCACUUAUUGGUUAUCAAAUAUAUAAGACUUAAAGAACAUACCAGAACAAAACUUCUUAGAAACAUUUUAUACUAGUAUGACCACAAAUAAAGACGAUUCGGUUCUUUUGUAGUACUUUAUUCAGAACAAACUGACAGGCACAUGUUAGGAAAUGUAGUAGGGCACAUCAUAUAUUUAAAGCAGUAUUAUACCACUUUAAACAGUCCUGGCUUCCCCCCCAAAAUCCUGGGAAAUGUAGUUUGUGAAGGGUGCUCAGAGUUGUUAGGAGACCCCUCUUCCCCUCACAGAGCUGCAUUUCUCAGACAGGUUUAAUAAUCAGUCCCUCUUCACAAGGAACCCUGGAAAUGGUAGCUCUGUGACGGGAAGAGGUGUCUCCUAACACCACUUGUCAUCCUUCACAAACUACAUUUCCUAAGAUUCUUUGGGGGAAGCCAUGGAUGUUUAAAGUGAUAUAAUACUGCUUUAAAUUUAUAGUCUGGAUGUGUCCUUACAGCAAAACCCUUUGCAUGUUUACUUGGAAGCAAGUCUCCCUGUGGUCCCAGCAAUGGAAGUGAGGUGACUUGAGGCCCCCAGAAGAGUCUUGCUGAAGCCUGGUCGGUCUCUCAGCUGUCUGUAGAGAAGAACAUAUUACAAAACACAUUCAUCUGUAGCAUGCAUUGGCCCCUGAUGCACUCCAGUUAGUUUGCUAUCUAAAUCAAGCAACUUCAUUUGUAAUAUAAGGCAGCCUCCCCAAGUCAAGUGCCCUCGAGGUGUUGCGGACUACAACUCCCAUCAGCCCCAGCCAGCAUGGCCGUAUGAUGCUGGGGCUGAUGGGAGUUGUAGUACAAAACAUCUGGAGGGGAAGGGUGAUAUAAGAGAACUUGCUCUGUGUCUGUUGUUUCCUCUGUAGCAGGAGACUGAGACACUGGUUACCUGAGCAAUAAUGUGGUGAGAGUAAUAACUAAGAAGACCUCAACCUGGUCUUUGUUUUCAGUAGCUUCAAUCAUGACAGUAGUACAUGGCAAACAAUCUGUAGCAAAGAAAACAAAGGGAUUGGAUGGAUGCUGUUAUGUUACUUAUUCCUGCAAUGAACAAAUAAAAGUUAA